AUGAUUCUAAAUUUUAUAUGUAAUAUAAUUUACUUCACCUUGAUAUUCAAUUUCACUUUUUCAAUGAUAAAUAAUUCGUUUGAUGAUAAUAGUAGAAACAUCGUUAAUAGUAAUCAAGGCGUUGUGAGCAAAAGUUUUCGAGGCCUUAAAUUUGGACAGACUCAAGAUUUUGGAAUGAUGGACGAAGAUGAUGAAGAAGAAGAGUUAGGAAAUGACAUUCAUUUAACACCAUUUAAUAUGAAAUCUGAAACCAGGAAAGGUACUUCAAGCUCAUCAUUCAAAUCGAAAAAUGAUUUAUCAACUUCAUUUAAAACAUCGGAAGGUUCUUCAAGCUCAUCAUCUCACUCAAGCUAUCGUUCUCGCAAAUCAAAAGACAAGCAUUUGGUUGGGUAUACUAUUAAGGAAGGUACCGGCUUUAAUGAAGAAUAUAAUCCUUAUAAACCAACGACACCUGAAAGAGCUCCUGGCAAACACUAUAAUUAUGACCUGAAUGAGAGUUUCAAAAAGAAGAAUAAUGAAUGCUGUAUUAUUCUUUGA